CACAUUCCGAUCUCCAUCACCUAUUCUAGCCCUUUCGCAGCUUCAUGUUCCAGAGGUCAACCACCAUCCAGAAAAUGUAGCCGCCCGGCUGGUCGCAGAGGCUUGAAACGAUUAAGCUUCUCUCUCGUCCCUCUCAUCCCCCUUCCCCUUCGACAUAUCCGAAUUUCACUCAACAUACUGCUCACACGUCUUUUCUUCCAGUCCCAUUCUUCAUCAACCCGCUAAGCCUUGGCAGGCUCCUCCUUCGGUGCCUCUCAUCAUGUGAGACUCCAGCUACUUUGGUGCGUUGGCGCAGACAUCGUGGGGCGGCGCAUCUCCCUUGAAAAUCCAUCCAAUAUAUGCCUCCACAAACCCAGCGGCAAGACGUCAUCGUCGUGUUGCCAAGUGCCUAGCAGGGACAAACACGUCGAUCAUUGAUGCCGCUGUACAUAUACCAAAUGGCUUCGAUUGGUGCGGCAAUAAUUACUGGGUACAGCAUAUGAUGUUCGACUGAGCAACGACAUCUUCAGACGGCGCAACUUUUAUGUGCUGUCUCACCAGAAGGCGCUUUUCUACACUGCAGAUAUACUAGAACAUGAUGGGCUUGAUCGUGCGGCGGCUUGCCCUGGUCGGGCACAGUUCGGGCUGCCUGACGCUGAUAAUGAUACAGCUUAACAGUGACGGUCAACGGUUGACAAUUCGCUUGCUUGAAGACAGACUUGCUUGAUAUGCGGCUCGCGAGAUUGAUCAUCAGCCGAAGGAGAGGACUUGCGCAACAACUAUCCGUGGUUAACCGGAACGGAGGAUUUGUGAUUAGAAGUUGAUCCCGUCUCGAUCCUAGUAACCAAGAGGACCCGAAAUGCGGCUGUUCUCUCUUAACGAGAUUCCAACAAACGACUGUUAGUUCCUUGUCGCCGCCGCCGCCGCCACCGAAAGUGCAAUCGGCCGGCUCACUCCCGUCCGGGGAUACGAGCGAAUGAUAACAAGAUCCAGAGCAUAAGAAAGCGGAAAGGAGAAAUAUGUAUAAGUGCGUAAGUUACCGGACGAAGUGGUGUCCCGGGAGGUUGAGCUAAACCUCGGCGGUCAUGGUCCACAAUCCACGGCCGCAUCCGGCGCAGGGCUUGCGAUCAGCCCCGGGCCUUCCCAACCGCUCUCCCUAUCUUCCCAGCUUUCGCAUCACCAACAUGUAUCCCCCUUCCCGUCGGAGCCAAUCAUCGGCCCCGGAAAUCAACCCGAGGUUUCUCCCUCAAUCCCCAUGUUGCGCGUGUGGCUUCCCAAGGUUCCGAUCGACUGAAAGCCAUCUUUGUGGCUAGAACCUGUCCGAUUCACCCGUCCUCCGCCAGUGUUGUUCUGGGCUUUCCGCCAUGUUCCCUUCAUCCCGCCGGAUGCGGUUCGGUGGCUCUCUGGCCUGGAAUUCUUCGUCGUUCCACCCGACUUCUGUCUCAGUGAUAUAAGUGCAUGUGGAUCCGCCUUGGGGGAUGGGUUUGUUGUGUCUUUCCGCCUCUCCUUUGUAUUGCAAAUACCCUGAGUUUCCGCCUUGAUUCCCUCGGAGGGUAUCCCAUUGACAAAAUAUCAAGGCAGCACACUCAAGUCGGGGCCGCCGUUACCGACGUCAUUCGAGGUAUAAAAUUCACCGCAGAACGUUUACCCGGUGAACGUUUCGGUCCUGCCAGUAUACGAUGGCAGGUCUGCCAGUGACGGCGAAAGCAGAGUGUUGGGUUUGGUACGGGUUGGCCAUCUGCUCGGUCAUCAUGAGAUUUAUGUCACAGUAUAUCAUCAGAAAGCGCAAGUUCCUUCGCGACAUUCCCGCGGAUGAUAUUGUGAUGCUUGUUCUUGUCUUUAUAUAUACUACGGCAAUCGCUACCCUAUACAUGUACUUCGAGAUUGUUGCAGAGACCGAUUUCGAAACCAUCACCCCCGAGCAAAGUGCCGCAAUCGGCUACGAGCUGGGGGUUCUCAACAUCCUCGCCGAAACGGCCAUAGAAACAACGCUGUGGGGUAACAAAUGCUGCCUCCUCAUACUCUACAACCGCCUGACUCUCUUUGGUCACUACCGGAAGACGUGGUUCGCCGUCGCCGCCUUCACGGGGCUGGCAUACCUUAUGGUCAUCGUGGCACUCUAUGGAGGGUGGUGUCGUCCAUUCUCCGACUACAUGGAACUCGUGCCUGGAAACUUGGAGUGCUUGACGUGGACGAAUUACAACAUCCUGCAGAUCACGAUGAACCUCUCGACGGAUCUUAUUCUGCUGCUAAUACCCGUAACACUUAUCAGCAAAUUGAAAAUGAGGAUUGGAAAGAAAAUCCUUCUCAUCUGCCUCUUCAGCAUGGGCGUAUUCGUCAUGCUCUGCGCAAUCUUGACCAAGGUCAUGGUCUUCACCCACUCGGUCGAUCCCGUAUGGUUCCUGUGGAGUGUUCGAGAGGGCAGCACGGCGAUGCUGGUCGGCAACCUCGUCCUCGGCUUGCCGAUCCUCCGGACCUGCUGGCGCUUCUUCGUUCCCAGAACCGACGGCAGCUCGGGGGCCAAGUCGUCAAAAGCGAGCUCGGGUAUCACGGGCGACUCGUACGCUUCAAGGAAGGCCAUGGGCGACACAGCGGCCUUGGAGCCGCUCUCAUCGAGGUCGGCGCCGACAGGGCGGGUGGCGAUCAACAGCGUUUACACGGACAUCGAGCUUCACGGCAAGGACGGUACGCAGGGCAUGACACGGAGGCUUUCGGUCGGGCAGGAGAGCGUAUGAGACUCAUUUGGUCGAGUCGAGGGACGGAGCGGCGGAUAAGGCUCAUAAUGUUUAAUGUAGGCUAUGUGACUCCACGGACAGUUCGCUGUAGGGAAGCUUUGUAGAGAGUAACUCCGAAUCGAAUGGUUCUUGUGCUACC